AAGUCAUCGGUCAAACAAAUCACAAAUCGGCAUCAGAAAGAAAACAUUCUUCAACGGUUUCAUCAAAUUUCGACUUGAAUUUCGCCACUGAAACACUACGAAAAUGGCCUACAAACCGCAAAAAGUACAAAAGGUGAUGGUGCAACCCAUCAACCUCAUCUUCAGGUACCUGCAGAACCGAUCGAGGGUACAAGUUUGGCUCUACGAAAAUAUCCACCUGCGUAUCGAGGGGCACAUCGUCGGUUUCGACGAGUACAUGAACCUGGUGUUGGACGACGCCGAAGAAUACUACAUGAAGACGAAGGUGAGGAAGCCCUUGGGGAGGAUAAUGUUGAAAGGAGACAAUAUCACAUUGAUACAGAACGUGAAACCGGAUGGAAAUUAGCAAAGCAACAAAAUUUGUUCGAAAGACUUUUAGUUUUAAGUUCAACAAUCAAGAGGUGAAUGAAGCGUGUAUAUACACUGAAUAAAAGUAACAGUUUCUA